AGAGAGUAGUUAAUUCCGGUGGUUUGCUGCUCAUCUACUUCUACCCACCUUCGUCUCUUCCGUCGAAUUCAAUUCUUCUUCCCCCACUUCCCAUCUCUCUCUCUCCCCUUAAAAAACCCUAAUUUUCUCUUCUCAUUUGACUGAAAAACCAUUUCUUUCUCUCAUGGAGAUCUGUACUUACUUCAAAUCCCAGCCCACCUGGCUCCUCGUCCUCUUCGCCCUCGGCUCAAUCUCCAUCCUCAAAUUCGUCUUCUCCCUCCUCAGAUCUUUCUACAUCUACUUCCUCCGACCCGGCAAGAAUCUCCGGCGAUACGGAUCCUGGGCCAUCGUCACCGGACCCACCGACGGUAUCGGUAAAGCUUUCGCCUUUCAGUUAGCCCAGAAAGGUCUCAACCUCGUACUCGUCGCUCGUAACCCCGACAAGCUCAACGAUGUCUGCGAUUCGAUUAGAUCCAAGUACAGUAAUACCCAGAUCAAGACGGUGGUGAUGGAUUUCUCCGGAGAUAUCGAUGAAGGCGUGAGGCGUAUCAAGGAGACGAUCGAGGGUUUGGAGAUUGGUAUUCUGAUUAACAACGCUGGGAUGUCGUAUCCUUACGCUAAGUACUUCCACGAGGUUGAUGAAGAUUUGCUUAAUAACUUGAUCAAGAUCAACGUUGAAGGAACCACCAAGGUUACUCAGGCUGUGUUGCCUAAUAUGCUUCAGAGGAAGCGAGGAGCCAUUAUCAAUAUGGGUUCUGGUGCUGCUGCUCUUAUCCCUUCGUAUCCUUUCUACUCUGUUUAUGCCGGCGCCAAAACGUACGUGGAUCAGUUCACAAGGUGUCUCCAUGUUGAGUACAAGAAGAGUGGGAUUGAUGUUCAAUGCCAGGUUCCCUUGUAUGUUGCGACAAAGAUGACAUCAAUAAGAAGAGCAUCUUUCUUGGUGGCAUCUCCAGAGGGAUACGCAAAGGCAGCACUGCGUUUUGUAGGCUAUGAAGCACGGUGCACACCGUACUGGCCUCAUGCCCUCAUGGGUUUUGUUGUCUCUGCAUUGCCCGAGAGCGUUUUUGAAUCCUUUAACAUUAAGAGGUGCCUCCAGAUCCGGAAGAAGGGUCUGCUUAAAGACUCCAGGAAAAAGGAAUGAAAACUUUUUGUCAGGGCUUAAGUUACUGCAAGACUUUCUUCUUCUUGCAGUUGGUAUCUUGAAAGUUACUGUUCUUGAUCUUUGUAAGACUUGUAAGCUAUUAUUAGUUUCUCCAUGUUCCCCAGAUUGUUUCCGUGUUCUAAAAUUCAAAAGACUAACGUA